AUGAACCCUAACGGUACCAUCACGCCAACUCCCAUCACGCCACCUCCAGCUCCUCCUCCACCCAAGCCUGCUGGCUUCAUUGCAACGCCCGCCCGCAUAGUGACUGGGGUCAUCUCCCUGCUUGCCGCUGGAUUGUCGCCGCCACCACCCAAGCCCGCUGGUUUCCUUGCAUCACCUGCCCGAGCUGCCACUGGCCUCAUGUCCCUGUUCGCCGCUCUGCUUUUCUUCGCAUAG